AUGUCGCAAAAGCCCAGCCAAGGACACCCAGUUGUGCACAAUCCUAUAGAGGAGGAUGUCACGGCAAGUCCCUCUGAUAUUGUCCAAGCGCUUUUCGAACAAACCGUCAAAAGGCUAGACGCGCAGAGAGCGGAGAACAAACCCUACGAUCCACAUCUCCAGGCACUUCUCGAAUCGUUUUACAAGACAUCAAACGAGUCCAAUGCUGGGCAUGAAAACAAAAGCAUGCAGGAAGUUAUUUCUGAAAUGUGGAAGAACCUGCCAAGACAGGAAAUUGGCAAUGGUAGUCCUCUCAAGGACCCAUUCUUUCAAUCAGCUGAACGAUUUGCGGUCGAGGCUGAAUACUACACGGCUUCUUCCUCAGGUCAAGCGGCUGAAGAUUUUGCGAAAGAGUGGAUGGAAACCUACGAUGGUUACAAGGAGAUAGCAGCGCUUGAGCAGCCCCCAGAGCCUGCGCCUGCUGAGCUCAAGGGCGCAAGCGAAAAGCUGCAGAAGCUUUUGGGCGAUCACGACAUAGACGUGGACUCACGCCCAGACAAGCUGACUGAGAAGGAAUAUGCCGAGUUGAUGCGGAAGAAGAAUGAUCGGGAGCGACGACAGGCAAUCUGGGAGGGCCGUACAGAGCAUCCCAAGUGGAUGGCAGAGUUCACAGCACCAGAGAUUGCAAACAUUCUGAAGAUCAACAAGAUUGAGGAGAAAAAGCGCAAAGACCGAGAGGCAAUUGAACGCAAGAAGUACGAGGAGGAUAUGAAGAGGGAGGAAAAAGAGAAGCAGGAGAAGAAAGAUCGUGAGACUUUUGAGGAGCGACGGAGACGACUCGAAGAUGUUCGGAAGACCAAACGGGAGGCUAGGAUUAAGAAGGAGAAACCCAAGACCAAGUACUUUUUACAUCCUCUGUAG